AAGAGACACCAGGCGUUACAGAUUCCAAAUGCGAUGAUGAAUGGUUAUUAGAAGUUUUUGAAUUACUAUUUAUUGUUGAAGUCGCGGCAGAUUCUCCUGCAGAACGUUUUGAAUCUGGUAAUAUAAAUGGAAAUGGAAAUAAACUAGCCAUUGAAAAAGUUUCACUACGAUCUCCACGUAAUCCAUCUUGCACUUUGAAAAAUCUAAUGUAUGUCCAAGAUAUGAGCCAUCCAUAUAUCACAAAUAAAAAUUGCGAUUGCGUUUCGAAUAUGAGGAAAUAA